CGACCAAUCGCAAAAAAAUAUAUCACGCAAUGUUUGCAGGACAAAUCGCAGAUGUGUCCGUUGACCAUUCACGACGUAACUAAAGGAUAAUUUAUUGAUUAUAUACCUUGUCGUUACAACACAAAGUAUAAAUGCAAAAUACAGACGUGAACAUUCCGAAUAAUCAAUAUUUAGUUUCAAUGGAAUGUUCAUGAAACUUGUACUACGCCAUCUAUAUACGUGCAUAAGGAUAUUUUGCCAUCUUUCUAGUGUUUACACUAAAAACUGUGAAAGUAUGCACAGAAUUCAUAUUUAGAUAUUACUCAUACAUCGUGUAAACAACUAAUGGGUGAUCAUUCCAUUCUUACUUUAUUAAGGUAGGCGUAAUCAUGGCAUGCUGUGUAUACUGCAGAUAUAAAUAAAACCAAGACGUCAUGCAUAAAAAUGGACCGCCACCACCUUAUGCACCACCUGGUUACUCACAGACAAUGGGUGGUGUUCCACCUGCUAGUCCUUUUACACCUGCAAAAACCUAUACUAAUGGACCAACUAUAGUAACAACAAUUGUUCCACUUGGACCAGGAUCAACACAUACAAUUUGUCCACAUUGCCAUGCUGAAAUUGAUACUUCAACUAAAACAGAACCUGGAUUGAUUGCUUGCAUAUCUGGUGUUCUGAUCGCAAUAAUGGGAGGCUGGUUGGGAUGUUGUUUAAUUCCUUGCUGUAUCGAUGAGUGCAUGGACGUUCACCACAGUUGCCCUAAUUGUAAAGCUUACCUUGGUCGUUGCAGGAGAUAAAGGAAUAUAAUGCUAGAAUUUCUUUUCAUUGCAUUUCACUUUGAAAUAAUUUUCAAAUUGUAUCAUAUUAUGGUACGCACAUACUUUGACUUGGACAGUUUCUUGUCAAUCAAAUGUACAAAUGAAAAUGAUCUUGGUAGCUUUCUUCGUAACAAAUGUUAUAUAAUAUUAACAUUGAAACUUUGUAUACACUGAUUACAAUUAUGCAUAAGAUAAUCCCUAAAAUAUUUUUGACAGCACAUCACAUUUUUAUUGAUAACAUAAAAGUGGAACAAAAUAUUACCUUUAUUUAAUUUACAUUAUAAACUAAUAGCAAUCACUGUUAAUAAAUAUUAUUAAAAUAUCUAUUUUUUAAAAAUGUUAAAAAAUAAUAAAUUUACACAAUUUGUAUUUA